AUCCUGUCUGGGUUCCGGCUCCGGCUCCUCCCCCGGCCCACAGAGGCGGCGCUGUCCCUGACCGAGCGGCGGGAGCGAGGGUUCAGAGAUGGGCAGUGAGAAGGAGCAGAAUCCAGAACAGCACCUGCCUGAGGAAGGGGAACGGGGUAAGCCUUGGAGAGUGGAUGACUCCCAGGGUUUGCGGGUCCCCGAUGGGGAGAAACAUCCUGGGCAAGAGUCGGAGGGGCCACAAAGGAUCCAUCCAAAAAAGCCAUGGCAGAAAGUCACUGUCUCUGCUGGAGAGACAGGGGACCCCAUUGCUCAUCCAAAGCCUGAGGCCGAUGAGAAGCCCUUUAUAUGCGCCCAGUGUGGCAAAACCUUCAAUAAUACGUCCAACCUGAGAACACACCAGCGGAUCCACACUGGUGAGAAACCUUACAAGUGUUCUGAGUGUGGCAAGAGCUUCUCCAGAAGCUCCAACCGCAUCCGGCAUGAGCGGAUCCACCUGGAAGAGAAGCACUACAAAUGUCCCAAGUGUCAGGAGAGCUUUCGGCGGCGCUCGGAUCUCACCACGCACCAGCAAGAUCACCUGGGCAAGCGGCCGUACCGCUGUGACAUCUGUGGCAAGAGCUUCAGCCAGAGCGCCACGCUGGCUGUGCAUCACCGGACCCACUUUGAGCCGGCGCCCUACAUCUGCUGUGAGUGCGGGAAGAGCUUCAGCAACAGCUCCAGCUUUGGGGUGCACCACCGCACGCACACAGGCGAGAGGCCUUACGAGUGCGCCGAAUGUGGGCGGACCUUCAGCGACAUCUCCAACUUUGGAGCACAUCAGAGGACCCACAGAGGCGAGAAGCCCUACCGAUGCACUGUGUGUGGGAAACACUUCUCCCGGAGCUCAAAUCUCAUCCGCCACCAGAAAACGCACAUGGGGGAGCAGGCUGGGAAAGAUUCCAGCUGAGGGAGAGUGCGGGAGAGAGAGGAGAGACCCCUCCUACUGCAGGAAGAUCUUUAGGAUCCGCUGCUGCCCCCUAGACCUCAGCCCUUCAUCCCACUUUGGAGAAUGGUUUCCUGUUGCCUGUGAAGCCAGGAUCUCCGGGAAGUUCUGAGAAGGGACCCUGAGUAAAGAUCCUUGCCCCUUUCCAGGCCAAUUUCUUGCCUUGGGAAGUCAGAGGAUCUGGUCUUUGCGUCAUCUCCUUAGGGUGAGAGAGCAAUAGGGUAGGCUUAGUACAUGCCCCUAUCAUUAGGGGAACUGUCCCUGGCCCUUGAGGAAGUACCUGUGAGAGGGGCAUCACUGUCUGAGGUCCUCCAAAUUAUGUAUGAACUGCCUAGGACACACUCAGUGGCCUGCUAGUUCCCAUCUGCUGUGCCCCAGUGGGGCUGGGAGGAGCAGCCUCCCCAGAGGAAGGGGCCUCCUUGGCUUGGAGAGGAUGUCUGAGGUCCUGCCUUAGGAAUGAAAGGGAAACCCUCAGGGAGCCAUGAUCCAGGGACCUUCACAGUCUCCCAUGUUUGUGACUUGUUGUCCCCACCCCAACCUGCAUCUGUUCCCCAAGUGAUUAGCAGUAAAACCGUUCAAUGAAAA